AUGGACAAUCAAUGUGCUGAGUGUAAUAUAUCUUUAAAAAAAAGAUCUCGAUCCUCAUUUACCAGAACAUCGUCUGGUGUUACAUAUUGUAAAAAGUGUUAUAACUUGAUUCAUAAAAGAACUAAUGUAACUACCUCAGUGUCUACUAUAAGUGAUUCUAUUGACUCUGAUUCCGCAUCUAGUAUUGAGCAUUCCAUAUCUCUUCCUCUUAAUCAAGCUUCUGGCUAUCAUGGACAAUGCAUUUUUGAUUGCAAAAAUUCACAAACACUCAGACUGUUAAGCAAGACGGAGUGUUUGCAUGUGUAUUUCAAAACUAAUAUUUUUGUGAAAUAUGGAGCACGCAUAUGUCAUUCACAUGGCAGCAAUGAUGCUCUGCAAAUUCCCACCAAUUUUGCUCCUUACAGCGACUCCGUCAACCUAACAUCAAAUGAUGUUCAUGAUCUAUUGCAAGCAUUAAAAAAGAUGUACGUGAAUGAUACUACUUCUAGUGCAAUUAUCUCAUUUCUUAAUAUGAAAAGUGAUAUUCUUAUCUUCGAAACAGGCUUGAAUACGGAACAAUAUCUAGAAGUUUUGUCACUCAUUGAAUCUUGUGAGAUUUCGGUUAUUAACAAAGAAUUCGCAUUAGGUGUGUAUUUAUCUCGAUUACGGCGAGCUUAUACUUUUGAGGAAUUGGCUAUUAAAUGGAAAAUCGACAGAAAUACAGCUGGUAAAUAUUGUAAGAUUUUAAUGAAUUGUCUUGAAGAAACGCUGAUUCCAAAGUAUUUAAGAUUUCCUUUAAAUCGAACUGAAGCAUUUGAGCAUUUAACUGAAACAUCAAAAAUAUUUUAUGCUCCUAAUGGAGACAAAAUAAUCCUCAUCUUCGACGGAACUUAUUUGUUCAUUCAAAAAGGUGCAGACUUCUCUUUCCAGAGAAAUACAUAUUGCAUGCACAAAUCGCGGAAUCUAAUAAAGCCAAUGAUGGCUGUUUAUCCCGAUGGUUAUAUUGCGGGUGUUUUUGGUCCGUAUCCUGGUAAGAAGAAUGAUGCUUCAAUAAUGAUCGAAUUGCUUGAGAAAGAUUAUUGGAGUUCCUUUCAAGAAGGCGAUGUGUUAGUUGUUGAUAGGGGAUUUCGUGAUUCACUGACACACAUUGAAGAAAAAGGCUUUUUAUCAAAAAUGCCAUCCUUUGCAGAUGGUCCUAGACUUCCUCUCACUACUGAACAGGCAAAUAUCUCGAGGUUAGUUACGAGAGUAAGAUUUCAAGUUGAAAAGGUGAAUGGAAAUGUAAAAUCUAAAUUCAAGUAUUUUAACCAAACUACUCAGAAUACAGUUCUUCCUCACCUUUUCAGUGAUUUCAAAGUGGCUUGUGCAUUGUACAACUUAACUUUCAAAAAAUCAAUUCCUAAUGAGCUUGAGAGAGAAAUAGCCUACAAUAUGCUAGAAAGAUCUACACAGAAAAACCUGUUACAAGUUGUCAUAAAAGAAGAAAAGUUAAAUGGCCGUCGUUCUAAAUUCGCAUCUAUUGAAAGUUCUACAAUUGAAUUUCCAAUACUCACUUUAAACGAUUUAUAUAGAUACACUUGUGGAUGUUACCAACUUAGAAUGGCAAACAGAUAUUUUGCUGACCAUGUUAACAGUAAUGGAGACUUUCUUUGUCAAAUUGCGAAAGAGACGUCAAAAAUAGAUUUCGUAAAAUAUGGAAUUAAUGUUCAAUUCUGCAACAGUUUGUUGUUCAAAGCACAAAUUCGCUCCAGACACUCGAAUAGCGUCAAAUACUAUGUGUAUGUCCUUUUAGAUACAACACUUGAUGGUCUCCAAUCAAUCAUUGGUCACAGCUGCGGAUGCAAAGUUGGCAACAGAGUUAAUGGAUGUUGUUCUCAUGUAACUCUGAUAAUUUGGUACUUCGGCUAUAGAAGAUUCCAUGACAUGAAAAACCCUGAAAUACAUGAAAACCAAGUCUUUCCAUCUGAAAUAGCAUCAGAUGACACAGACGAGUCAGAAGAAUCAGAAGAAGAAUCUUAA